CGAUCAGCCUUGUGCAACAUCAGCAAACAAAUACCAACAAACACACUUCCAACCUCCGACCUUCAACCUUCUCUUCUCCUCAACAACAACAACAACAACAACAUACCUACCUACCUACAACCCCUCUCAACACCAUCACCAUGACGCACACCGCCGCCAAAAUCGGCGUCAUAAUCUGCUCCUCCCGCAAACCCCGCGCCUGCCCCCAAAUAACCGACUUCAUCAUCUCCACCAUCAACAGCCUACCCCUCCGCGGGGAUCGCAUCAACAACACAAUCCUCACCCCCAUCGACCUCGCCGAAUGGAACCUCCCGAUGUUCGACGAAUCCGACGUGCCCUCGCAAGUGCACGACCCCUCCAAAUACGACCACGCACACACGCGCGCCUGGGCCGCCGAGGUCCUCAAGUACGACGCCUUCAUCUUCGUCGUGCCGCAGUACAACUGGGGAUACCCGGCGGUCGUGAAGAACGCGAUCGAUUACCUGUACCACGAGUGGAAGGGCAAGGCGGCGCUGGUGGUCAGCUAUGGGGGACAUGGCGGCGGGAAGUGUAAUGCGCAGUUGAGGCAGGUGCUGUGUGGGGUGAAUAUGAUUCCGACGCAGACGAGUGUCGAGUUGAGUUUUCCCGGGCGCGAGUUCACGGUUAAGGCCGCCAGGGGCAAGAAUUUGGAGUUGGAUGGGAGUGGGAAGCCCGGGACGACGUGGGGCGGGCAGGAGAGGGAACAGAUUGCCAAGGCGUAUAAUGAGUUGUUGAAGAUUGCGGGUGCAAAUGUAAGCGAGUCGCAGGAAUGAAUGGAUGGGAGAUAAAGGUUAGAGUGGUUGUGGGGAUGAUUGCCUUUUUCUUCUUCUGCCCGCUUCUUCCUUCUUUCCUUCCCUUUG